UGUUCAGUUUUUCUUUUUCUCCAUUUAUCUCACUCCUCUCCGCAUUGACAAAAGAGAAAAAAAGAAAAACGCGUAGUACGCUACUUGGGCCACUUAAUUAACUAAAUUUGCGGUGAAUGCGCUAGCGUAACAUGGACGAUGUCCCAGUCAAGAUAGUGGAGCGCUACAAACCCCCACCCGCCGUCUACCACCUGCCCCAGGCAACCCUCAACCGUUUGGGCCAGUUCCGCGAAGAUUUCUACACGGAGCACCCUGAUUUCCAGUAUGACUUCCACCUGGAGCGGGCCGUCAUGGCUCAAGGCCAACGCUGGCGACAGCUAAGGAGGCAACAAAAGGAGGAGCGAUCCAGACGCCAGGAGCGACGCAGGGAGCAGCACCAGCGAGAGAUCGAAGCCAAACAAAAGGAGAUGCUGGGGGCAGUGGACUACCCCAGUGCAGAUGAUUUGUCAUCGGGGGAAGAGGAAGAGGAGAAACAGAAAGAGGAGGCAAACGAAAAGCAGAGCCAGAGAGGGGAACAAAAGGGGGCUGACCAGCUGCCUGAGUCACGCGACUCGCACGAACCAAAGUCAAUAAGUGUAUGCGAUUUCCAUAACAUUUUGCAGCCCACCAUCUUAAGCACCACUCCAGUGGCUAGUCCACAGACGCUCCACAAGCGUAAUAGCUCGUUAAACUAUGCGGACUUCGAAUACAGCAUGAACUCGACGCCCUUCGACAACAUCGAAAUGAAGACUAUCAACGAUCUGGACAUUCUGGCCCAGGUGCUUCACCAAACACAGUUGGCGGCAAGAAAGGAGCAAGUUGAAGCGGCUCAGGAGCGGGAUAAUAAGGACGAGAAAGACGAGGAAGAAAGGGAGCCCACCCAGGAUAAACCACCUCCUAUGGAGCCCACGAUGACGACUCUGGCGGAGACCAAAGCGACGCUCGACAGCGUCAAUUUCCAAGUUCACUGUGAUGACGAUGCGGCCAGCACUGAGCCCAGCCACAUUCCAGCCACCACCUCUUACCCAACGCCCAUGUACAGCGUUUCCCAACAACAACUGUAUCAACCGGAGCACUUCCAGGUCUAUCAUGUUCAGGGCUACAGCCAUCAGCCCUUUUACUCCCCGCAACAGCAAUCUUACCAGCAACCGAACAACUACUAUGUCAAUGGGUUUGGCACUCCAGAUCACACGAUGACGCCUCCAGCGCCUUCCUCUGUUACGGCGCUCAGUCAGGCAGAGGACGAGGUGGCCACCAAAUCACGAAGUGUGCCCGACAUCCUGCGUGAACUGAAAACCGAGCUUCAGCUGGCAGAGAAGCGCCGCACUCGCUUGCACAGCCAGAAUGAGGAGCAACAUCAGCAGCAACCAAAGAAAGAAGAGGCGGUGGACAGAAACUCCUUUCGGGAGUUGGCUGGACCUGCUCAAAAGUUAGCGCAACGCAUCAGCAGCAUGGGAUUCCCCCUAGAACGUGUGGCCAAGGUGGUUAACCUCUGCGGAAUUGACGAUAAAAAGAUAAUCGAACACCUCAUUCCACUGGGCGAGCUGAUGGACCUGGGCUUUGAUGAAUCGAAAAUCUCAGCGGCGCUACUCAAGUUCGACAAUAACAAGGACAAGGCGUUGGACUAUCUAAUCAACUAGUUAAAUUAAGGACAAAUCUUUUGAUUGUCCCGCUUUUACCCCCGCACAUUAUCCACCACCCAAAUCCAAUCAUCACCCCAAGUAGCUUCAGAAAUUGAAUCCCCUAAGUGUAUUUUAAGUAUUACAAUUUAUCAGAGAUAUUCUUUGCUUAACUUGGGAGUUGAAUAAUUCAGAAUCCUCAGACGCAGCAGCAGCAGAAUAAAUAUAAGUUUAUAAAAUA